AUGCAACGUUCCAGCCACAGCAAGCAUCAACGUUCUGAUGAAGGAAAACAGUCUCAUGGUGUAGCAAAAGCACAACUGCAGCCUCCGGUGGAUCUAUCUCGGCUCCGGCUUCCUCAGCGGGGAACAGUGCAUCUGCACCUUGCCCCAACUACGAUUGUCAACAACAGCAAUGGCAGUUCCUCUGAUUAUCAGCGAAUCCUCCAGCAACUGGAUAUCCAAAAUCAACUAUCGACCAUCCGUCGGCAGGCACAAGAGCGCCAUGAACAGGCGGAGCAGAGGGCCCAAGAUCGCCACGAGCAACUCCAACAACGUAUCCAGGAGCAAUUUAAGCAAGAGAUGGAAAAAAUCCGACAAGAGAUGGAGCAAAUCCGGCAGCAGGUUCUCGCGCCAGAACCUGCGCCCAGCAGUGGGGCUGAAGGUAUUGAUACCAACGAGGAGGGUAGCAAAUCAACCGCUUUGGACAAGUCAACCGCUUUGGACGAGGAGGGUAGCAAAUCAACCGCUUUGGACAAGUCAACCGCUUUGGACUAA